AUGGGCACCCCCUGUGCAGCACACGAUGGCAGGAUGGAGCUGAGCAACCUUCUUGUUCAGCAGCGUCGAGCCUUGGUUGACUGUCAUCAUGUGACUGCAGUCCAUGUAUGUGAAACAGCCAUUCCCAUCAUUGGGGCUGAACUCAGACCAAACAGAGUUCAUAUAAAUAUUGUUACUAACACCUUUUUCCCUAACACAGAUACAAUAGCAGAAAGGAGUGCCCUAAGAGAACAUGUGUAUCCUAAGCUGAGAGAAUUCUGCAGGGAAAACUAUGGGCUGGAAUUCCAGGUCAUAGACUUAUACUGGGGAGUUGAAGCAGAUGAAUGGGACAGUCCUGAGCUGCAAAAGACUCGUAUGAAGCUGUUAGAAGAUUGCUUGAAAAGUUCUGCAGGUCCAUGUUUUGUUGGCCUGUUGGGAGAGAAGUAUGGGAACAUCCGAAUACCGGGGGAAGUUGAGUCAGCAGAAUUUGAAAUGAUCCUGGAUGCUGCUGUAGAGGCCAAGCUAGAGACAAGGAUUUUAGAAGAGUGGUACUGCAGGGAUGAGAAUGCAGUGCCACCAGCGUAUUACCUCAGACCAAAAUCUGAAAUGCUGAAGAACUACCAGAAUACGAUGGAAUCUUCUUCAAACUCUAUGAAUGAGAACAAAUGGCAAGAUAUAUCAGAAGAAAUUAAGAAGAUUUUUAAGACUGCAGUGAAAUUGCUGUAUGAGAAAGGAAAAAUGAAACACAGCCAAGCAAAGAGAUAUCUUUCCUCUGCUAUUGAAGAUGAACUUGAUUUUGCCUUGGGUAAACAAACACCAGCUUUCCUAAAGAAGUGCGUUUGCUACAUCCGGAAAAUUGCCAACAUUGAGCGUUUCGUUAAAAUUCCAGAGAUGGGGAAAUACACGGAUGUGGUGCAUACAGCCGGGAAGUUUCUACGAGAUCCCGAAGCCCAUGAGAAACUGAUCAAGCUCAGGGAUGAAUUCAUUCCUACCAUUGUUGCAUCAUCCAAUCUGAGAGUGUACACGUCCGUCACUCACUGUGACAUGAAGCUGGGCUACUCCCAAGAUGUGGAGAACCAUUACAUCGAAGGACUUGGUAAACAGUUCUAUGAAGACAUGAUUGAUAUAAUCCAAGCAACAGUGCAGCAGAAUUUUGACACUGAGACAGACUUGCUGUACGAUGAAGUUCUGCAACACUCAUCGCUAUGUAAAACAUACUCCACUUUUUAUGAAUAUAGAUGUGAGGCAUUAAACAUUGUUCAUAAGUACGUUCUGCCUAGCAAAAUAGGACACAUUAACCCUCUUAUCAUAUACGGAGGACCAUGCACAGGGAAGACUCUUUUAUUAGCUGAAGCAGCGAAGAAGGCCUAUUCCUGGUUGCAAGAAGAGAUGGGACCAGAUUCUGACCCUGUGGUAGUUGUAAGAUUUUUGGGAUCCACUGAAGCAAGUACAGAUCUGAAGAAUAUACUUCAAAGCAUUUGUGAACAAUUAGCAGUCAACUAUCGUUGCCUUGUACAAAGUUACCCAAAAAAGAUUCAUGACCUUCGGGACUUGUUCAUCAAUCUCUUGAAUGAGUCUUCAUUCCACAGGCCACUGGUGAUAAUAUUUGAUGCCCUGGAACAGCUAACAGAUAGUGAUGAUGGUAGGAAGCUCUGGUGGCUUCCCAUUCACCUUCCCCGUUCAGUACGGAUAAUUUUGUCAACACUGCCAAACAAGCAUGGGAUCCUGCAAAAACUGAGGUGCCUUAUUCAUGAAGAAGACAGCUACAUUGAAUUGACUGCAAGGGACAGAAAGAUGUGUAGCCAAGUACUGAAACAUCAGCUGCUGCGAGUUAAAAGAAAAGUAACAUCAGGGCAACAAAUCUAUGUCAACGAAGCAUUCUCUAAGUGCACACUGCCAAUGUUCGUGAACUUAACCUUCAGAGAGGUCAGGAACUGGAGAUCUCACAAAGAUGUGGAUGAGUCCUCCCUUUGUGUCACUGUUCAUGAAAGCAUAGAGCAGUUGUUUUGGUCAUUGGAAAACAAGUGUGGAUCAAGACUAUUGUCAAGAGCACUUGGCUACAUCACUAUGUCCAAAUCUGGCCUGAGUGAAAUGGAACUGGAAGAUAUUUUAGCCCUUGACAACAGUGUUAUGUAUGAACUGAGUGAGAGUGUCAGAGAAAGUAAUCCACUGAGAGUUCCAUAUAUAUACAUUGCAAGGCUUAAGGAGGGCUUACAGGGGUACUUAAUAGAGCGACAGGUAAAAAAUGUAACGCUGCUUCUAUGGGCAAAUAGGCAUUUGCAUAUAAUUGCCCAGAAAUUGUAUCUGGACAAUGAAGAAGAUUUGCAUGAAAUGCACACAGUGAUGGCAGAGUAUUUCCUUGGUAUUUGGUCAGGUGGACGAAGAAAACCUUUUUACAGCAAUGACCAAUAUCUGAAUGGUUGUCCUGACCAUAACAGUAGAGGCCUGAACGAGGAUGAAAAGCACUGCAUGGAUCAGAUCGCUUUUGACAGGCAGGCACCCGAUCAGCCAUGGGUCUUUCAGUGUAAUCCAUUAGAGCCUGACAUCUUUUUUAUCAAUCACAGAAAAAUGACAGAGCUUAUCCAUCACUUGACAAGAUGUGGAAGAACAGAUGAUCUUCUGUAUGGAGUCAUCAUGAACUUCAGCUGGCUGUACACCAUGAUUAGAAUAGGGCAGUUUGAUAAAGCCCUUUCUGACAUAGAACUGGCUUACACCUGCUCGCAAGAAAAGGAGCUGAAAUUUCUGGCCAGUACCCUCCGCAGUAUAAAAUUCAAAGUAGUAAAAUACCCAGGUUCGCUCUCUGCUGAAUUGCAGCAGAGGCUUCUCCCAGUAGUAAGUUCAUUGCCCAAACUCAGACAUCUCCUCUUAGAAUGUGACAAGGAUGGACCCAAGUACUGCUCUAUUGUCCCUCUGCAUUCCUCCAUGGAUGUGACUUACAGCCCUGAGCGCCUGCCUCUGUCAUCCAGCUGCAUGCACGUCACCGAGAUUUUGCCUACUUUUAAUCCCAGCACAAUUAUUGCUGCUUUAGAAAAUGGUUCUAUCAGCACUUGGGAUGUAGAGACCCGCCAGUUACUAAGACAGAUUACAACAGCUCCAUCUGUUAUCUUAGGGAUGAAGCUUACUAGUGAUGAAAAGUAUCUUGUAGUGGCUACAACAAAAAAUACUCUUUUGAUAUAUGACAACAUAAAUUCCUGUCUUCUGUCUGAGGUGGAAAUUAAGGGAUCAAAACAUUGUGGAACUGGGGGGGGCUCCAGUUUUAUAAAUGGAUUUACAUUGUCAGUCAACCAUGCGCUUGCUUGGCUGGAGGCCAGCAAAGAUGUUACUGUAAUAGAUCUGCUUUAUGGUUGGCCUCUCUAUCACUUCCACUGCUGGUACGAAGUGACCUGUGUGCAGUGUUCUCCCGACGGAGUUUAUGCGUUCUGCGGACAGUAUUUGAACACUGCAACCAUUUUUCACUUGGGCAGCGGAGAGAAGCUGGCCACUGUGACCUCUGAAUUUUCUGGUGGAUUUGUGAAAUUCCUUCUCAUUCUGGACACAGCCCAAGAAAUGGUGAUGGUGGAUAACGAGGGUAGCCUCUCUGUUUGGAAUACGGAGGAAAUCGUGAAUCCCCAGCUUACGGAUGACUUUGACUGCAGGAGAGAGGACAGUGAAGUUGUCAGCAUAGAGCUUUCUGAAGACCAAAGUGCAAUUUUAAUUUGUAAGGCUGUCAGCAUUGAACUUCUUGACACGCAUGUGUGGAAGGUGGCUGAAAAGUUUAGAGCUAAACACAAUGAGCACUUUAUAUCUGCCGUGUUGUCCAAAAAUGGCAACUGUAUAAUUGCUUCAAUGGAAAAUACCUCAGCCAUUUUUUUUUGGAGAAGAGAUACGGGACAGUGUAUGGCAAGCUUACAGGAAAUCUCAGGAACUAUAGUCAGGCUAAUUAAAUCAAAUCAUCAUAACAUGCUGCUAUCCUUAUCUACCAGUGGUGUCCUUUCUAUUUGGGAUAUAGACAUCAUAACUGCUAUGUCCAAUAUUGACAAAUCUGGCAAGCCUAUCCAAAGACUGGUGUUGCCAGCCAGAGGUGAAUUGAUUUACACAUUGGAUGGAUCAGAUUCUGUCCAUAAGUGGAACUUCAGCACUGGAUUUAUUGAAGCUGUGUUCAAGCAUGAAGGUAUUGUUGAAAACUGUGUGCUGACCUCUUCUGGAGAGAUAAUGGUUACAUCAGAUGAUAAAUGCAGCCAGUACGUAUGGCACACAGUUAGUGGUGAAAAUAUCUUUCGCAUUAAUGGACAAAAAAUCUCAGAGCUAAUGAUUACUCAUAACGAUCAAUUUGUAGUCUCUCUCUGCGAGCAAAAUGCAUCCAGAGUUUGGCGACUGGCUACAGGACAUAGGGUUUGCAAUAUUUUAGUUGCCUUACAGAAUGCAUUUAUAACAACUGCAAAUACAUUCGUAGUUGGAAUGGCAAAGAAUAAAGUGUUGGCAGUGAGUCUCUGGACAGGCAGUAUAACCAAGAAGUUUUGCUGUGAUGAUGGUGCAAGCAUUGUGGAUAUUAAGCUGAUACCAGACUGCCCAGAUAUUAUAGUAUUUAUAACAUCAACUGAAACUGUGAACAUCUGGAGCCUAACAGAUGAAGUCAUCUGCAGACGCGUACAAUUGCCUACUAAUUUUUUAAAAAAUUUAGAAGACUUUGAAAUAUCCCCAAAUGGGAAGCUAGGAAUUAUAACCUGUGGUGAUGAGAACAUCAAUGUGCUUGAUCUAUACAGUGGAAAACUUCGUGUGGUUCACGCUCCAGGUGUCAUCUGGCGGCAGAGGCUGUCUCGUGAUGGCCGCUAUCUUGUGUACAUCUGUUUUCGCAGUGAAGAAGAUGAUGAUAAUGGUGCGGUCUCUAGCUUAAUAGUAAUGAGGCUAGCAGAUGGCAAAAACAUUGGUGCCUGUUCUCUUUAUAAAACUCCCACUUUUCUUGCACUCUCACAGAGACAUUUAAAUAUUAUUAUUGGAUUUGAUGACGGAAGUAUAGGUACUUACACUGUAGUGGAUCGAGUCGACGCUGCACUGAAAAUCAAAAUUGCUACUUCAAACAGCCGUCAGAUUUUCAACAACACAACACAAGUGAUUAGGCCAAAAUGUCACAAUUAUAGUUUCAAAGUGACUGCAGAUUGCAUUUGGAGGGAAUCAACAGAAGUAUUUGCAAGGGAUAGCCCCAUUACAGUUACAGAGCCUGAGGUGAGUGAAGCAACACCAACCAAAAAACACAACUAUUGCUAUGAGAAAGUGUGCUCAGCCAUAGACUGCAGAGGACACAGUUUUGCUGCUGACAACUGA